AUGGCAAAGGGACCUGCGCUGCGAACGGCCGGCGGCGGCGGCGGCGGCGGAGGCGUUGCGCUCGCCCGGGGCCCCGAGGGCGCGCGCGCCGCCGUCCGGGAAGAACGGGAAGGCCAUCCACAGCACGAUGGACGUGGUGGCCGUGCCGAACACGACGAGGGUGAGGCGCGACACGAGGCGGCGGCAGCGGCGCAGGGCGUCACGGCGCUCGCGGGGCGCCGCGCACGCGGCCUCCGACAGCCCCCACCCGCGCACCAGCGCGUCCAGCCGCGCCACGCAGCGCAGCACCAGCCGCCCACAAGUUAUUUCAAAGACUACCAGAAAGCUCACAACUGUGAUGGUGUAUGCUUCAUAGAGGAAUUGGCGGACUUUCCAACUUUUGGAAAUAUCUCUGUCGUUUCCUGGGCUCCACAGGCUAAGAAUUCGCAACGACUUGUAGGUGGAAGCGAUGGUAAUUUUACAGCAGAAUUGAAUCUUGUCAACUUCGCAAAACGUAAACAGCGCUUAAGCACAAGCAUGCUUCUUAUCCUGCUGGAGAGGAUGAUGAAUCUCAAUGCUAAUUUUGGUUUUGUUUUAGGUGUCCCCAAGCUUGUGAUGGUGUUAUGGUCGCUUGCAUUUUCAUGCACUGUGACUGUGCUACAAACUAUGCCAUGUUCGUUGGCUGAGAGUUGGGCACAAUGUACUGUGUGGUGGGAGAAUGUGGCAGUCGAGCUACUUGAGGCACAGCACCGUUUCGAGUUGCAGGAGUAUACGGUGGUGGGGCAGGAGUUCCCACUGCAUGACUCACAUGUGUAUUGUGAGUUGCAUGAGGAGCAGGAAGAGAUGUGCUGGAGUUGCGCAAGUACCUUAGGAGGGAAGAUGGGUUCAGUAAAUUCAGUUGAAUAUCUGUAUAUGUUUUCUCCACCAUUAACAGGCAUGGCUACAGGGCCAGCAAGUGGCAUACCAACUCUAGUUACCACACUUUCACUCCCCGUUUCUGAGUCAGGGCCAUACUCCAGUUCACAAUCCAAAGGAUUGGCAUCUGCACGACAAGCUAGUCGUACUUCUGCUCCUUCAGUCAUACGUCCUGAUGUGAUGACGAAGUCGUGCACUUCGGUAAGUGCGAUCUGCAGUAUUUUGAGCUUGACAAGUGAAGGUGGUAUUAUGGUGUUCUUUCUUGGGGGUCAAUUUCAGAAUAGACUUCGAGGUGAAGCGCCGGCCAUCAGGCAGUGCUUCUACAAUUUCAUCCAGUCCUUCGGUCAUCACGUUGCCAAGCCCAUCAAUCCAAGUUAUCUGUAA